AUCCACCCCCACAUUGUUUGUCUCCGAUGAAAAAAAAACAAUUAAAUAUUAAAUUGCCGCAUAGAACGUGUUAAAUUGAAAAAGAAUGAGCACACCCGCUAAAAAUAAUGGCACGGGACUCGAGGAUGUUAAUAUACCGGGGCAGGCGUACUUGCGCGAGGCUCUCACCUCCUGCACGGACCCCCUCAAAGCCAUUGAGAGUUUUCAGCUGGAGAAUGGGGUGCUGUUGCCGUCGUUACGGCCCAUGCUGCCGCUGCUGGACCUCCACGGAGUGCGGCGUCUGGAUUUCCACACGUCACUCAUGGAGGAGCUGCGCGACAAGCUGAUUGCCCACAUCAACGAGCUGGGCCAGAAGGAGCCCCGCGAGCGUGACAAGAAGCUGAAGGAGCUGCUGGUGAAGAGCUUCCCCGUCGUGCGGGUCAAGUCACUGAGGCCGGUGGUGAUGGCCAUCCUGAGGAACACACAGCACAUCGAUGACAAGUACCUCAAGAUUCUGGUGCGCGACCGGGAGCUGUACGCCGACACGGACACGGAGGUGAAGCGCCAGAUCUGGCGGGACAAUCAGUCGCUUUUCGGCGACGAGGUGUCGCCCCUGCUUUCGCAGUACAUCAGGGAGAAGGAGCACAUCCUGUUCGAUCACACAAACCUCAACAACUUGUUCUUCCAUCCGACGCCCAAGGUGCGGCGGCAAGGCGAGGUGGUGCAGAAGCUGGCCAACAUGAUCGGCACCAGCGUGAAGCUGUACGACAUGGUGCUGCAGUUCCUGAGGACGCUCUUCCUGCGCACCCGCAACGUGCACUAUUGCACGCUGCGAGCGGAGCUGCUGAUGGCGCUGCACGACCUGGAGGUGCAGGAGAUCAUCUCGAUAGAUCCCUGUCACAAGUUCACGUGGUGCCUGGACGCCUGCAUCCGUGAGAAGAAUGUGGACAUCAAGCGAUCGCGCGAGCUGCAGGGCUUUCUCGACAACAUCAAGCGCGGCCAGGAGCAGGUGCUGGGCGAUCUCUCGAUGACCCUCUGCGAUCCGUAUGCCAUCAACUUUCUGGCCACCUCGGCCAUCAAGAUACUCCACCAUUUGAUCAACAACGAGGGCAUGCCGCGAGACAAUCAAAUUCUGAUCCUUCUGCUGCGAAUGCUGGCCCUCGGGCUCAGUGCCUGGGUGAUGAUCGACUCGCAGGACUUUAAGGAGCCGAAACUGGACUGCCAGGUGGUCACCAAGUUUCUGCCCGCCCUCAUGUCGCUCAUGGUGGAUGAUCAGUGUCGCAGCCUGCACGGCAAGCUGCCGCCGGAUGAGCGAGAGUCUGCGUUGACCAUCAUUGAGCACUCGGGUCCGGCGCCCGAUGCCGUCGAGGCGUACAUACAGGAGAGUGCGGUAUCCAGCAUUCUGGCCAUGUACUACACGCUGCACACGGCCCGCCUCAAGGAUCGCGUGGGUGUGCUGCGCGUGCUGGCCAUACUCUCCGCCUGCAAGGAUCAUCGAGCGUACGAGGAUCCCUUCCUGCACUCCCUGAUCGCUCUGCUCAUUCCGAUGAGCGAUGAAUUCUCCACGGAGGACUUUUGCACAACCCUCUUCGAUGAGUUCAUCUUUGCGGGCUUGACGCGCGAGAAUGUAACGUCGCGGCACAUGCUGAAGCUGCUGUGGUAUGUGCACAACAAGUUGCCCUCCUGCCGCUUGGGCACACUCAUGAAGGCCAUGCAACCGACAACGGCCCACAAUGAGCAUGUGCACAAGCUGUACGAAACUCUAACCGAUCGCAUUGCGGCGGGUGCACCAGAGACCCCGGUGGUGGAGACACCGCCAGCGGACUUUGAUUCGCCACUGAAGUCGGUGCCAACGCCAGGACCGCACUACAAUGCCCAAUAGCCAAAGGAAACGGUGGUCGCGGUAACAGCGGCUGUCGUCGGAUGAUGGACAAUCUUGCACGUAAUAGAUCUAAAGCUGUUCAGAUGAUGGUUGCCAGACACAUGAAGCAACUAUAUAAGGAGGUCUCGUCGGCAGAACGGCGCCCCUAACAAUGCUGUCAACAAGUGCGAGUGAAAGGGCUCUGCGUAGUAAGUGUGAGUGAAACGACAAUUGAGUGUACUGAUUAACCCUUUGAAGGCAACGUGAAAGGCAAACGAGUUGAUGUUUGUUUUAUAAUUUGACAAGCAAACAUGCACUGAACUCCAAGGGCGCAAGGCUGCCGACGAGCAGCCGACGAGAUCACCUUGUAGAAUUGCAAUUUAUUAUUAGCUGUAGAAUGUUCUUAUUUUUUUCUAUACUGAUUUUCCACUGAGCCUGGGCUUCUUUUUAUGCCAUUGCAAUUAAUCAACAGACACUUAUAGCUCAUGUCCGUCAUACAAUGUCUGUCCGUGUUUGGUGGGGGAGACUUCUCAGGAUUAUAUCACACACAAACCCUAAUAGCAGAUGCCUUAAAUCGUGAAACAUAAAACAAACAAAAAACUAGAAAAGCAAUCAAACAAAUUUUAGUUAAAAAACACAUAGAAACCAAUCAAUGACAAUUUAUAAAUGUAGUGCAUAGAUAUAUUUAGAGCUUCCGCACGAGGAUUCUGCUGCAGUGCGGGGCCGUUACUCUCCUCUGAGAGACGCUUAUUCAGGCUUUGUUUUUAUUUGUUUUUAGCGCUUGAAGUAAUUUUUUAGCUGUAUACAAAUCUUUGCAAUUGGCAAAUUAUAUAAUUAUUAUAUAUUUAGAGUAGUUUUUGGCAUUUGACCAUAACAAAUUGUUUCCACUUUAUCAUGUAAAAUUGUUGCGCAAAAAGCACAAGAAACGUAAUUGAUUGAUUAAUUCAUUUAAGAAAAAAAAACCAAUAACUCUCCUCUGAGAGACGCUUAUUUAGGCUUUGUUUUUAAUAAUUUUUUAUCGCAUGAAAUUCUUCUAUAUACAAAUCUUUGCAAUUGGCAAAUUAUUUAAUUAUACAUAUUUAUAGUAGUUUUUUGGCAUUCGACCAAACAAAUUGUUUCCACUUUAUCAUGUAAAACUGUUGCGCAAAAACAAAAGGAGACUUAAUUAAUUGAUUAAUUCAUUUAAGCAAAAAACAAAAAAUAACUCUCCUCUGAGAGACGCUUAUUCCGGCUUUGUUUUUAAUAUUUUUCCAUCUU